AUGUCCGCAAAUCAUAGAAGUGGUAGAGAUCAUACAGGUAUCGAUAUUCUCGAUGACCACGAGAAAAGCAAGAAAAGCAAGAAAUGCGUCUUCAGAGUUCCUAACGUGCUCUGGAGACAAAAUCCAGAAGCAUAUACACCUGACGUUGUUUCAAUCGGACCUUUUCAUCAUUAUCCAGAAAAGCGAGGCAAGGAGGAAGGUAAAGGAGGCAAAGAAGGCAAUGGCGAAAAAUAUUUCCAACUCAUGGAACGAGUGAAAACUAGCUAUUUGAAUGAAAUUCUCACCGGUAUGAAGAAUAUUUCUUUGGAAGAGUUGACUACAGAAGUCAUUAAGCUCGCAGAUAAAAAGAAUGAAGGCGAAUUUGAGCAACGCGCGCGCGAUUUUUAUGCAGAACCACUUGAUCAUAUUUCCUCUGAAGAGUUCAUCAAGAUGAUGAUAGUUGACGGUUGCUUCCUAAUUCAGCUGUUUCGGAAGUGUGACGAUCCGAAACUCAGGGCCUUUGAUGACCCGGUGUUCAACAUGGACUGUAUGUUUCAUUUCCUAUGCCAUGACAUUUUGCUCCUAGAAAAUCAACUACCUUGGUUUGUUAUCCACAGUUUGUAUAGCCUUAUCAUUGAAAUAUACCCAAAUCAAGCUUCCCUCUCUAUUCUCAUCAUGAAAGUGCUCAGCGUGCUACCAUCACUAAAGAAUUGUUGCUCAACCUAUAAAACGCAUAAUUGUGAUGCUGAUGUUCUGCACAUACUUGAUCUGGUAAGAGCUUCGAUGGUUGAACCAUUGAUCAUAAAGGAGAGAUCAUGUAGAGCAGUUGGUAGAGAAGCAGAAGAUCAUCAAAUGCAUUCUUCGACUCAUCAAGGUAAUUCUGACUUCAAUCCAUUUCGAAUGCGUGCCGCGACCACUCUCUCAGAGGCAGAAAUUAAAUUCGGAAGCGACGCAAGUGGAUCCAUAUUGGACAUUCAUUUUAAUAAGGGUUGUGUAUGGAAUGGGACUCUUGUGAUUCCGCAGCUUGACUUUGGAAUGUCAUCGGAAACAUUAUUCAGAAACCUCAUUGCAAUCGAGCAAUGCUACCAUGGUUAUGACUUAUGA